CAUCUCAGUAUUCAUGAGAUUUGAUGAUAAUUUUCCUGUUCCAUUGAGAGGUGGAAAGUGAAAGUCAACGCACUGUCUGACCAGCAGAGGGUGGCAGUGAGGUUGUGACACUCCAGACUGUUACACAACUCCAUGCAAAGCUAACUUUCUACUAGUUGAAUGACCAGGUGAACAGAGAGAUAAGCCGACACAGGCUCUUCCCUCUGCUGUUAAAAACAGACUGGGAUGUGACUUCAAGGGUAGCGUCACAUACUAAUUCAUCUUCCGCAUUUUAGGAAAGGUUCCAGUAGCAGGUGGCGCAAAGAUGCUGGCCCCGAUGUGAUUAACUGUUCCUAGAAAACCUCCUGCAGAAAGGUGGAUGUGGAUCCUGAUUUCAUCUGUGGAUAAAGGUUAAAACAUGUCAGCUGGCGAGGCCUUCGUAACCCUGGCCACCACAGACUCCUACUGCAUGGGGGCCACGGUGGUGGCCAGGAGUUUACGGCAGCACGGGACAACUCGAAAAAUUGUUGUCAUGGUCACACCUAACGUCUCGCAGCAUUCAAGGCUCGCCCUGGAGAGUGAGUUUGAUGGGGUUGUUGUGGUGGAUCCGAUGGACAGUGAGGACCGCCUCCACCUGUCCCUGCUGGGACGUCCUGAGCUCGGCACCACCUUCACUAAGAUCCACUGCUGGACCCUGACCCAGUACAGCAAGUGUGUCUUUCUGGAUGCCGACACACUCAUUCUGUGUAACGUGGAUGAGUUGUUUGAGAGAGAUGAACUGUCCGCGGCUCCUGAUCCUGGCUGGCCUGACUGCUUCAACUCGGGUGUGUUUGUCCUCAGACCGUCCCUGGACACCCAUGCCAGGCUCCUGGAUCAUGCCCUGCAGCACGGCAGCUUCGAUGGAGGGGACCAGGGCCUAUUGAACUCUUUCUUCAGCAGUUGGCCAGUUGAAGACAUCAGCAAACACCUACCGUUUGUCUACAACCUCAGUGCCAGCUCCAUUUACAGCUACCUCCCUGCUUUCCAACAGUUUGGCCACAAUGCAAAGAUAGUCCAUUUCUUAGGAGCAGUGAAACCCUGGAGCUCCAGCAGACAGAGCAGCUGCUCACCCACCAUGGAACAGUUUGUGACUCUGUGGUGGAAGGAAUACCUCGGUCACAUAACGGCAUCUGCACCAGAGAAACAGCCUACUCGAGGCUGGGAGAAACCACAACAGAUUGAAGAACAAGAAGCCAAGAUGCCAUUUAGAGAAAACUUGGACAGCUCCAAUUCACUGCUUCCACAUUUUUCAUCCCAGAAUGAGAGCCAUCAUUCACCGCCUGCACCAGAACCAAAACCAGAACCAGAAAUAGAACCAGAGAUGUGUUCCUCCACAGAUAACACGCAGUUUGAGGAAGAGACAAGAUUAUCUGAGAGGACGGCGGAGAUCCAGAACUCACCAUCGGGUGAUGAGGGCGGCAAUGGUGCUGCAGACACUGGUACACAUCCCAGGGCUGCAGACCGUGAGAUGGAGGAGACGGAGCAUCGAAGGCAGUGGGAGGCCGGACAGGUGGACUACCUGGGCAGGGACGCCUUCCAAAACAUCCAGAGGAAGCUGGACCGCUUCCUGGAUUAGAACACCACAUAACACCAUUGUGAGCAGACUGGUGUACCACUCCUACCUGUUUCAUGAAGACUGGAAACGAACCAACAGCACCAAAUUACACUGGCAUUAUUUGAUUUGAUUUUUUUUUUUUACAAAGAAAGACCGCUACUAUCAAAUAAUUUCAUAGCUGAUAUAAACACCAAAAAAUGUUCUUUUUUUACACUGAUAUUUUGUGCCACUGUCAAUAAACUCGAAACCAG